UUUGGUUAACAGCCUCGAGCCGUUGGAUCCGACGUCCAUGAGCUAUUUCUUCGUGCUCGUUCAACAUGUUUCUCCUGGCAACCGUGUGUUUUGUACUUCGUUUUACAGGGUCGUCUCUCGCUGCCUUUGAGGUGAGCGUCCCGCAGCGGAGGGUGCUGGCGGUGCGAGGCCGGCCGGUGGUUUUGGGGUGCAGCUACGCGCCCAGCCUCGGCAACAGCCUGGAGGACCUGGUGGUGACGUGGCAGACAGCGGAGGACAACCUGGUCCUGCACAGCUUCUAUUUCGGGCGAGACCAGCUGGACACGCAGAACGCCCGCUACCGGAACCGCACCUCGAUGUUCCGCCCCCUGCUCGGCGCCGGAAACGCCUCUCUGAGGCUGGACCGGGUCGGCCCGCAGGACUCCGGGCGCUACCUCUGCUCCGUCGACAGCCUGCUGGGAAAUGGCAAAGCGGAGGUGCAGCUGGAGUACGCGGCGUUCUACACCGAGCCCAGGCUCAACAUCCAGGUCCACCCCAGCAACAUCAGCCUGGAGUAUCAGAGCAAGGGGUACCCCGCGCCCCAGGUCCAGUGGGCCGACUCCACAGGCCGCAACCUGACUGCCCGGGAGGAGCUGUCCGGGCCCGGGGAGGACGGGCUCCUGUCCCUCAGGACCAGCGUGACGCUGAAGGACCCCGGUCCCGGAGUCAACCUGAGCUUCACCCUGAGGAACGCCGCCCUGGGACAGGUGCUGGAGAGGCUCGUCUGCCUCAGUCUGGCUUCCGAUGACAUUGGGCAUUGCACAGACUGCGCCAGAGUGACCAUCCCACUCAUUUGCUUUCUCUGCCUGCUGCUGCUGCUGCUGCUGUGUCUGGGACUGGCGGCCUUCGCGUACUUCCGACGCAAGAGGAACGGAGACGGUCGACCAGAGACAAGCUGCGCAAAAAGGCUGGCGGCGAAACGUCCCACCCAUGCCAGUUAAGAGCAACGGUGACCCCAGGGGGUGCGAGCUAAAUACAUUAAAUUAAUGUUUUUAUACUCGUCUAGUAAUUUAUGUACACGUCAUGCCCGUUAUGCGUCUGAUUCUAAUGUUACCCUGACCUUAUUGUGCUCAUGCUCUGCAUCACAUAUUUAAAGUUAGAUUGACUGAACUUUGUCGUAAUCCCUCACUGUCCAGAUCACAGCACAGGUGUCAGACUCCAGUCUGAUUGGCUAAGGGAUCCGCACACCUUGUCCUCAAGGCCUUAAUUGGCAGCCGAUUGAAAGGAACCCGUGAAAAACCGCAGCCCCCUGUGGGAUUCAGCUCGACACCCCCUGGUCCUAUGGUAUAGUUACAUCGACUGAUUAUACUGUAUGUGUUUCAUUGUUUCUCUGGCAGCUACAUACACACCCCUGUUGAUAAUCUGUUGUUAAACUUUUGUGGCCAAAGCUAUGCGACUACAGCAGUUGGAACAAUGCAACUGACAGACUGAAGCGCUGCUAUUGUUCUUGGAUUCCUUGAAGACACCUCCCUGUAACAAUUGCCUUUCCAUUUGCCUUUCUCAAUUUAAAAAAAAAUGCUAUACAAGUAAGACUGAACUCAA